UCUUUACUUGUCCAACUUUGCGUAACAAAAGCCAGUACUUAAUUUAUCAAGACCAAAAUAUAUUCCACGUGUACUAAGGGUAGAUACUUCUCCCGUGGUAACAAUCCACGUCACCUCUUGACUAAAGGCAAGCAGCCUUGCAUAUGCAAUUGGCGUCAACGAUCCAAUUUCACUGAAAAGUUCUUGAUACGCUUGCUUCUGAUGGCUGGUCGCUCUACAUCAAUUGAAGAUAUUCACGAAUCGAAGUUAUACACACCAUCCGAUACAAGACAUCGCCUUAGCUUUGACAGCUCAUAUGUUGCUCUAAAACAGACAGCAAAUCUUAAACCAGGAAAUUCUAACGCUAAACCAAAGAAACAUCGCCAGAAAACAGCAAAGAAACUUCAAAACAGAUCCUUAACAUCGGUUUCUAAUCACGAUCAUAACAAAAAUACACGCUGCAGUAAGCUGUGCAUUCAUCGCAUUGUUCAGUACCUUGUGCUAUUUCUCUCUAUUUCCGCAUUGGUGAUAGUCAUUUUAAUGAUCCGUGGAGUUGUAGGAGUUUAUCCAGGUACGACGUCACCCAGCACAGGCCAACAGAAAAAAGAAGAAGAAAACUCAUUCAAAAAUGAGCGAAAGACAACAUUUGCUAUGAACUUGUCUCCAUAUUUCGAAAAAAUUGAGGAGCUGCAAGCAAACCUCUCAUCUCUUUAUGCAGAAGCGGAAUCACUAAUGAGGGAAUCAGGAAGGAACAAAGAGGCCCUAAUAGCAGCCAAGACGGAAUUUGACUCCACAAGAGAUGCCAUUAAGUCAUUUUCUGAUGGGUUCUACGGAGACAUUGAUCGUGCAAAUAACUCAAUGCAGCAGUUUAAUCCUGAUCAUGGUCCAAUGUUCACUCAACUCGAUUCUUUGAACGCAACGCUUACGAACAAGCUGUCACAAGUGAAAAGAACCUUGGAACAACAUGACGACGCCAUUGUUGCUAUGAUCGACACGAUGAACAACACUGUUGGAGAACAAGUGAAAGCAAAAACCUCCCUUCCUGGUCCAAAAGGCGAACGAGGAAGGAAUGGCUCGGUGGGACCGAGAGGAGAUCCGGGACAAACCGGUCCAAUAGGACCUCCAGGGGAUACGGGGUCUCCGGGUCCCCCAGGGAAUAAAGGAAUAUCUGGGAAAGAAGGCUUCCAAGGGGCUAGUGGUAGUAAAGGACUUCCAGGUGAUAAGGGAUCUGAAGGCUUUACUGGCGACGAUGGGCCCACUGGCGCAGAAGGACCCGAGGGACCUGCGGGACCACAAGGGAUUGGUAACUUCAGUUGGUGCCAGGAGGAGACAGCUUCGGUCAAGUCCAAGGAUAUUCCGGGGAAAAAAGCUUCCGUUAGUGACAGUCAGGAUACAAAAAUUGUGGCGGCGACUUGCACAACGGAUUAUGGCCAAGAGUAUAACCUGGUGGUAACAGAAAAUGGAAAUCUUAACAAUUACGAAUGCGUGUGCAAGGGUGUUGGAACAACCACUUCGGGAAAAACCAUUAAUGAUGUGAACUGUAUUCUGUAUUAUUUGGCCUGCCCUAUACAAGCUCCGUGAUAUCUUAAUCUCUACGUUUUUUACAGAUUAUAUAAUUGAACUGGAAAACAUGCCAAUCGAAAUUGUCAGUUAGCAGUAUCAAGGACACUCAACCAUCGGUUCAUCAAAGGCAUUUCCACUAUUUUCCAGAAAAAACGGCUUUAUUUGUACGGUUUUAUAUUUUAAAUUUUUUGGUCAGUACGUGCUAAUAGUGCUUAGAUACAGAUUUAUUCGAGAUUCUGGUAAUAGCGAAAAAUUGAAGAUAUUUGUUUCUUCAUAUGUAACUACAAUAAAAUUCACCAUAAUAAUACCGUAUUCAAAGAACAGCACAAUAGAUCUGACACAAAACAGCUGAUCACUUUUCGAAUCAGUAGAAAGAUCCAAAUGACUCCCUAAAAAUGUAAAUAAUAAAUUAGGAAGGUUCGUUUCAAAAUAUAUAAAAUAAAAGGUGAGAACUCCCUACGUGAAAACUAACCUAGAAGUAUGCUUGUGAAUAAGGAUAUAUCGUAUCAGUGAGAUAACAACGUAUGUAGUUUUAUUGAAAAGGAACAAAGCAAGUUUGGUCAGGUGUACAACUACAUGUGUUCACAUGGACAGAAGUUUAUUUGCAUGUGAUUAAAAUUUUCUUUUCCUUUGAAA